GCAAGGCAGACGGCAGGACUCAGGCCGCCUGUGGAGGUGAAGGACAACUGGAAAGAGGCCCAGAAGGACAUGGAUCGAUAGCCCAGACUUCAACAGAACCCUUGUCCCUGCUCCACAAUGUGGCUUCUCCUCACCUUCUCCUUCCUGCUGAUAUCUGCAGAUGAGGAUGACACUGACUAGAUACUGGGAAGUGAGGAGUGUGAGCCCCACUCCCAGCCAUGCCAAGUGGCCCUCUCUGAGCGUGGGCAUUUCAGCUAUGGCGCUUCCCUCAUUUCCGCACUCUGGGCGUGGUCUACAAACCACUACCAAACCUGCCUCACGAGAGUGCACUUGGGCAAACACAAUCUGCGCAAGCGCGGUGGUCCCAAGCGGCUGUGCACUGUGGCCUGAGUCAUCCCACACCCACACUACGAAGCCCGCAGCCAUCGCUGUGACAUGUUGCUGUUGCUAUGUCUGACACGGCCCGCGUCCCUCUCCCUGCACGGUGACUCUGGGGGACCCCUGGUCUGUGGCAGAGUCUUGCAGGGCAUUGUGUCCUGGGGUGAUGUCCCCUGUGACACUACUACCAAGCCUGGUGUCUAUUCCAAAGUCUGUAGCUACUUGGAGUGGAUUAAGGAAAACAUGAAGAGGAACUGA